ACCUCAAAUCCCUCACCACCAGCCCUACGCCGCAACUUCACCAUGCUGUCGAGGACCUCGCAACGAACAGCGCAGACGCUCCUGCGGGGCGCGAAGCCUGCCUCACGAUGGGCGCCCGCCAUGGCUACUCGAUCAAUGGCCACGGUCGGCCAGGACAUCUUCAAGCCCACCAAGUUCGGCGGCAAAUACACCGUCACCUUGAUCCCUGGUGAUGGUAUCGGUGCUGAGGUCUCCGAGUCGGUCAAGGAGAUCUUCAAGGCGGACAACGUGCCUAUUGAGUGGGAGCAGGUCGAUGUCUCUGGUGUCGACUCUGGCAACGUCCACUCUGAGGAGCUCCUCCGCGAGUCGAUUGCAUCGCUCAAGCGCAACAAGCUUGGUCUCAAGGGUAUCCUCCACACUCCCGUUGAGCGCUCCGGCCACCGCUCCUUCAACGUCGCUCUCCGCCAGGAGCUCGACAUCUAUGCCUCCAUUGUCCUCCUCAAGAACAUCCCUGGCUACGAGACGCGCCACAAGGACAUCGACUUCUGCAUCAUCCGUGAGAACACCGAGGGCGAGUACUCUGGUCUCGAGCACCAGUCCGUCUCGGGCGUCGUCGAGUCGCUCAAGAUCAUCACCCGUGAGAAGUCUGAGCGCAUUGCCAAGUUCGCCUUUGCCUUUGCCCUUGCCAACAACCGCAAGAAGGUCACCUGCAUCCACAAGGCCAACAUCAUGAAGCUUGCCGAUGGUCUGUUCCGCAACACCGUCAAGAGGGUCGGCGAGGACUACCCCACCCUCGAGACCAACGACAUGAUUGUCGACAACGCCUCCAUGCAGUGCGUCUCGAGGCCACAACAAUUCGAUGUUAUGGUGAUGCCAAACUUGUACGGAGGUAUCCUGUCCAACAUUGGUGCUGGACUUGUCGGUGGCCCCGGUAUCGUCCCUGGCUGCAACAUGGGCCGCAACGUCGCCGUCUUCGAGCCCGGUUGCCGUCACGUCGGUCUCGACAUCAAGGGCAAGGACCAGGCCAACCCUACUGCUUUGAUCCUGUCCGCCGCCAUGAUGCUGCGCCACAUUGGUCUUGAUGACCACGCCAACCGCAUCUCGCAGUCGGUCUACAAGGUCAUUGCUGACGGUACUGCCCGCACAAGGGAUAUGGGCGGCAACACCACCACCCACGAGUUCACUCGCGCCGUCCUGAACCAGAUGGAGAAGGCUUAAAUUGACUAUCACGUCAAUAUUUGCUAGGUUUUGAGCUAGCACAAUGAUACAGUCAUAUCUAGACCUUGGCUUAUGUUGGCUUGAAGCUGGCGAUGCCAUUGGUUACAGAAGAAACACAUUUCAUUGACGACUAGACGCGAUGGGACCUGUACAACUGCAAGCUGAAAUGUGCAUAGAGCUGUACUUGUAGGUGGUAUAUAGCAUGCUACAUGAUUGAAUUGACCAUUCUUAUACCCUUGUGAAUGAAAUGCCAAAAAAAACUCAGACCCUGAACUCCGUGCUAUGCAUGACCUCGUGAUGUCGUGGGUAUCUAGAAUUGGAUCCUCCUCUUUCUGCCCGUGUACUUGGACGAGGACUUGACCACCUUGCCUUGUUUUUCC